GGAGGAGAGCGGAGACAAUAUGUUCGAGCAGUUCAAAACUUUUAGUGAAACAUUGAUCACCGUUACUUGGUCUCUCUUUGACAUCUUUCAGUAUGACGGUCUAUUACAUUCGCACGUAGUAACCUACCGGAUAAUACUUGUUCUAGUUCUCGUCCACUCUAUAAUCGGAACAGUUAUCAUACUAAACAUGCUCAUUGCUAUGCUCAACAACACGUACCAACAGAUACAAGAAAACGUCGAUAUGGAGUGGAAGUUCUCCAGAAGUGCAUUAUUCUCGGAGUACAAAGAAGGUAUUCCAUGGCUAUUCCCAUUCAGUUUAAUAGUGAUCCCCUUGUGUUUGGCAUGUAGGGCAUAUAACAGUUAUGCAAAGUGGCGUACAAACGAUAAGGAUAAAAAACAUGCCAGCUUACAAUAUGGAAAAGGGCUAGAUUUGGAGAGUGACGUUAGAGAUACUGAAGUUAAUUCAGGGCACAUAGUAGCCGACGAGACGGAUGGGAUAGUUGUAGAGGCAGCGUUUAUAAAGCCGGACCUAGAAGACCCGGAUCCGGUGAAGCAUGAAAUCCAAAUGAGGUACCUUCUGAUCAACAUGCUGGGAAGAAGACACUCGCAGCGAAAGUAUUGCUCUAAUCAGAGCCCUUGCGCUUAUAAUUACAGUGGCGCGAAAGUACAUGGCUAGGUGCAGAAGCCAAAGUAUAAGAAUGAACUUUUACUUGUUUAUCUAAACAACGUUUUAAAACUAAAUCUUACAACCUGAUCACGAUUUUAUAAAUAAUUAUAAACGACUCAUUCAGUUUUAGCAAGAGGUGGAACCAAAAUGAUAAAUAUAAAAAUCAAAUGUGAUUCGUGUUAUUAUGUUUAUACAGCGGUUAUUAAUAUUACUUAUGAGCUCUUCCUUUAGGCAUGAAAAAUAAUGACUUGGUCGAAUGUUGAAAUGACAAUUUAAUUUGAUGAUUGUUUAUCGCUUCGAACAUAAUUAAGGUUUUGUUGGCAUUGGUAUUGAUAUUUGAUUAUUUUAUAAGUAACCAGUUAACCAAUAAUUACCUAGCUUAUAUAAGCUAUAACAUUUUCCUAAGUAUUUAAAUAACAAGUGGACAGCUAUAAAUGUGACCACUGAAUGCCAGAAUGCAAUGUUUAUAAUGAAUAUUAAGUUGAUUAAUCCCGGUGUAACUCCUUAAACGUAACUCUCUACUUGAUGUAGAAUUUUUAAUAUUUUGUGAUUCUAAUUACUAACCCCAAUAAACCACAACAAAUUAUCAAAGUUUGUUGAUAGUUUAUAAUCGUGUUGCAGGUUAUGUCAUUAUUUGUUGAGGACGUGUGGAAAUUAAACGGUUAAAAUUAAAUUACUUUUUAAUACGAU